CACUAGCUAGUGUCAACUACAAAAUUAUCAUCUCAAGAAUCAAGAUUUGUACGGCACUGAUUACCUACCAAAUAAAAGUAUAUUUUUGUUACCUAUUUAUAAUUACAAUAAUUAUAAUCUAGUCUACCUGAUAAUACUUCCGUAGCGUAUAAAUAUGACAAUUAUAUCAAAACUCGUUCCUACUCUGCGUUUGUCUAAAACAGUCUGUAUAGUUCAGAGUUCUGUGUUGUUACCGAAUUUUCGGUUUAAUCGUCAUUAUUCAACAGAGAAAGGUAGUGGUUUGACAAAAAGCGAAGAAAGAGCUGACGUUUCCACUGAUGUUCGUCCACUAGGUGAAAAAGUUAAGGAAGCCACUAAAACAGUAUCAUAUACUGGGGUGAUUUUGCUGGGAGUUGGUGUCACCGGGAUUAUUUUUUAUUACGUAUUUAGGGAACUUUUUUCUAGUAACAGUGCUAACAGCAUAUACUCCGUUGCUCUAGAGAAAUGCAAAAAUGAUCCACGAGUGGAAGAUGCACUUGGAGCACCAAUAAAAGGUUAUGGUGAGGAGACUACUAGAAGAAGACGCACACAUGUCAGCCAUGCUGUGUAUGAAAAGGCAGGAGUCAAACAUAUGAGGAUGAGAUUUUACAUCAAAGGGAUUAGGAACAAAGCUAUUGUGGAACUUGAUAUGAAACAGAAUCAAUAUGGUAAUUAUAUGUGCAGAUAUUUGUUGGUUCAGCUUGAUGAUUAUAGUAACAAAACUUUUAUCAUAGAAGAUAACCGAGCUGAGCUUGAUCAUGGCAAACCAGAUGCAGGAGGAUUCCCGACACUCACUUUAACUCAGUGAAAAAUAAAUAUGGUGUCUAAGUCAUUAAAUAGUGUAAAUAUAGAUUAAAAAUAGUGUUGUUGUUAUAUAAAUAAAAAUGCAUUUUA